CUAGCUUUCCAGCAACAGCUGGUUUAGCUGACUUUGCGUCACCCAAACAGUGUGACGGCUAAAAGUUGUCUUGAUGUGUUAUCCGCUACUUUCCAUGGGAUUUCUUUGGGCUUCGUAGCGACUUUUUUUUAAAAAGGAGCACCAUGGCGAUGUGGAUACAGGCCCAGCAGCUGCAGGGAGAUGCCUUGCAUCAGAUGCAGGCGCUGUAUGGUCAGCACUUUCCCAUUGAAGUGCGCCACUACUUGGCCCAGUGGAUUGAGAGCCAACUCUGGGAUUCAGUGGAGUUGGACAACCCAGCGGAGGAAGCCAAAGCCAAGCGCCUUUUGGACAACUUGGUGGCAGAGCUCCAGAGGAAAGCACAGCUUCAGGGUGGAGAGGAUGGCUUUCUUCUCAAGAUCAAGCUGGGGCACUAUGCAAACCAAUUGAAGAGCACAUACGACCGCUGUCCGUUGGAGCUUGUGCGCUGCAUCAAGCACAUCUUGCACUCUGAGCAGCGAUUGGUUCAAGAAGCUUCAAACGCGAGUUGCGUGAGUGGCGGGCAGGCCAUGGACAGCCUCUCCCAGCGCCAUCAGCAAAUCAACCAGGCCUUCGAGGAGCUCCGAUCAGCCACGCAGGACACUGAAAACGAACUGCGAAAACUUCAGCACAGCCAGGAGUACUUCAUCAUCCAGUACCAGGAAAACCUGCGUCUCCAGGCCCAGUUGAGCAGUCUGAGCUCCCUGCCCCCAGCUGAGCGCACCCAGCGGGAAACCACCCUACAAAGCAAGAGGGCUACCGUGGAGGCCUGGCUGGCCAGAGAAGCAAGCACUCUGCAGAAAUACAGGCUUGACCUGUCAGAACAACACCAGAAAACCCUGGCCGUGCUCAGGAAACAACAGACUUUGAUCCUGGAUGAGGAGCUCAUCCAGUGGAAGAGGAGGCAGCAGCUAGCAGGCAAUGGGGGUCCCCAUGAGGGAGGACUAGAUAUCCUUCAGUCCUGGUGUGAGAAGCUGGCAGACCUGAUCUGGACAAACAGGCAACAGAUCCGACGUUGUGAACAUCUUACUCAACAGCUUCCUCUGCCAGGCCCCAUGGAAGAUCUGCUCAGCAAGCUCUAUGCAGACAUUACUGAUAUUAUCUCUGCCUUAGUCACUAGCACCUUCAUCAUUGAAAAGCAACCGCCCCAGGUGUUAAGGACCCAGACCAAGUUUGCGGCCACGGUGCGCCUCCUGGUGGGUGGGAAGCUCAAUGUCCACAUGAAUCCACCUCAAGUCAAGGCUGUCAUUGUCAGUGAGCAACAGGCCAAAGCUCUACUCAAGAAUGAGAGCACACACAGUGAAAGUAGUGGUGAAAUCCUUAACAACAACUGUGUCAUGGAGUAUCACCAGGCCACAGGCACUCUCAGUGCACACUUCAGAAACAUGUCCCUAAAGAGGAUCAAGCGGUCGGAUCGGAGAGGUGCAGAAUCUGUGACGGAGGAGAAGUUCACUGUUCUGUUUGAAUCACAGUUCAGCAUUGGCGGCAAUGAGCUGGUCUUCCAUGUCAAAACUUUAUCACUACCUGUAGUCGUGAUAGUUCAUGGUAGUCAGGACAACAAUGCCACAGCAACAGUACUUUGGGACAACGCCUUUGCUGAACCAGGCAGGGUUCCGUUCAUCGUGCCGGAUAAGGUUCUGUGGACUCAGCUUUGUGAGGCGCUUGAUAUGAAGUACAAAGCGGAGAUGCACAGUGAACGUGGACUGUCGGAAGAUAACCUGGUCUUCUUGGCGCAGAAAGCAUUCACAAGUACCAGUAAUAACCCAGAGGAAUACCGCAACAUGACAAUUUCUUGGGCCCAGUUCAACCGGGAGAGCUUACCUGGACGCAACUUCACUUUCUGGCAGUGGUUUGAUGGUGUGAUGGAACUCAUGAAGAAACAUCUUAAGCCUCACUGGAAUGAUGGGGCCAUCCUGGGUUUUGUAAACAAGCAGCAGGCACAGGACAUGCUGAUGUCCAAACCCAACGGCACAUUCCUGCUCCGAUUCAGCGACUCUGAGAUUGGCGGUAUCACCAUCGCCUGGGUGGCUGAGAACCCCAACAAAGCAGGUGAAAGGCUUGUAUGGAAUCUGUUGCCUUAUACAACCAAGGACUUCUCCAUUCGCUCCUUAGCGGACCGCAUCAGCGAUCUCAACCAUCUCCUGUUUCUUUUUCCCGAUCGGCCCAAAGACGAGGUCUUUUCCAAGUACUACACACCUCCACUAUCAAAAGCUGUGGAUGGCUACGUAAAACCACAGAUCAAACAAGUUGUGCCAGAAUUCACCACCCCAAACCCCGAACCGAGCGGAGCAACUCCCACCUUCAUGGACCAGACCACUUCUCCCUCGGUUGCCCACCCCAACAACUUUGCUGCCUAUCCCUCCAUGGGGGACACCAUGCUGGAUGCGGAGGCAGACUUUGACCUGGAGGACACCAUGGACGUGGCUCGGCAUGUGGAGGAGCUGCUCUGUCGACCCAUGGCCAACCAAUGGAGCAGUCAGCAGUCCUGAACGGGACCGCAUCCCCGUCACCGAACGGGACUUUGUUACUAAACGGUCAGGUAUUGAGUUGCCUUUUGUUGUCUUAGUGUGUUUAUAGGGAACAGUCUGACAGACACCUGGUAGAGCUAUUCACCACCAGUUGUUUAGCUCGAAAUCCUACAGAAUUCUCAGUGCCUACAUUAACUUCAGUAUUAAUGCAUACAUAAGCUCAUCCACCUUUGUCUUCAUAUUGCAAUCUGUCUUAUACUGAGACUUAUUUGGAAUUGUACAGGCCAUUUGUUCCACUAUAUGCUGUGGAUGAGAAAGAAAAAAACACACAUAUUAGAUCAAUCAUUUCAUACUGUCUAAAUUGAUCCCUCAGCAAUGAGGUGUAUAGACUAUAUAGCAUUUCUGUCAUUGCCAAGGCAAGGACGGUAAUGUUAGCGUUUAGCCAUACAGCACUGGGGCUACAGGCACAGUAGCAAAUGAGACAGUAUCCAGGCAUAAAAUGCACACAUAAUAACGUGUUAUUGGAGACUGGAAGACUGGAAUAUGCUCCUGCGUAGUCACUAACGCCGUCUUGAUCUUUUUAAAGCUCUUCGUCGAGGUUGAGCGUGUGCCGUGCGACUGUGCCAAAACUAUGGAGAUCAAAUCAUGCCUUAAAAUCAAACCUCACAAACCUAAAAUCCUUCAAGUAAAAAAAAAAAAACAA